UCACACACAGAACUAUCUAUCACUUUCUCUCUUGAGCUCAAAGACUCCAUUCAUGGAGUUCCACAAACUCGAAACCCCCAAAACUAACAGUGACCACGUCGUCAUCAACAUGGAUCAACACCAAAACCCUAAACAAGAUCAUUCUCCUCAUCAAGAACCCCCCACUACCAAUAAUACUACUCUCUCUCAUCAACCCUAUUAUCCCAGAAACAGAACACUAAAACGCCUUAAUUUUUCCAAACCAAAGUCGCGUUUUGAGGAGACCAACUACCCCAUCUCAACCCCAAAACCAGCGUCGUACAAUCCCAUCCCUGAAUCAGAUGAUCACCAGCCGCCCUUACCAGAAAACCCUACCACCUACUUAUCCUCCACCGAAGACGACGACGACUACUGGUUCGAAAACGGAGACGAGUACGACUGGGACGACGCCGACGAAGCAACCGGGAAGUGCAGAAAGAAGAGGAAGCGGAAGAUCAACAAGAGGGCUUUACUGGAAUGGACUUUGUUCCUCAUCAUCAUGACUUGCCUGGUAUGUUCUCUCACUAUUAAAUCUCUCAAACACAAGAUUCAGUGGGGCUUAGAAAUCUGGAAAUGGUGCUUGUUAGUGAUGGUAAUCUUCUGUGGCCGUCUCGUCUCCGGAUGGGUAGUUCGUAUCCUCGUCUUCCUCAUCGAACGUAACUUCAUGUUGAGGGAGAAAGUACUCUACUUCGUAUACGGUCUUCGAAAGAGUUUUCAGAACUGCGUUUGGCUAGCCCUAGUUUUGAUCGCAUGGAUGAUUAUGUUUCACGACGCUCAUAAGAAAAACAAAGUCCUCAAGAAGUUCUUCAGGGCUCUCAUCGCCAUCCUCGUCGGAGCAACCAUAUGGUUAUUAAAAAUAGUUCUCGUUAAGGUUCUAGCGUCGUCGUUCCACGUCGCGGCGUUCUUUGACAGAAUGAAAGAGAGUGUUUUCCAUCACUACGUGUUGGACGCACUUUCAGGGCCGCCGUUGGACGAGGAGGACAGAGACCUGCCGCGCCGGCACUUGCAGGCGUCGAAGUCGAUGCCGGCGAGGCUGAGGUACGAGAAGUCUCAGCCGUUGAAGUCGAGGUCCAGGAAAGGGGAUGGGUCGAGAAGGAUCGACAUAGAGAAGCUGAAGAGGCUGAGCAUGGAUGGGAGAGCGACGGCGUGGAGCGUGAAGAGGUUGGUGAGCUACGUGAUGUCGUCGGGACUGUCGACGAUUUCGAGGACGGUGGACGAUUUCGCCGACGCCGAGUCGGAGAUUAAUAGCGAGUGGGAGGCUCGGACUUGUGCUCAGAGGAUAUUCAAGAAUGUUGCAAAGGAUGGAGCCAAGCACAUAGAGGAAGAAGAUUUACUGAGAUUCUUGAAGAGAGACGAAGUGUACAUGAUAUUUCCUUUAUUUGGAGGAGCACUUGAAACUGGAAAAAUUACCAAGUCCUCAUUUCGAAAUUGGGUGGUAUAUGCGUACGUUGAGAGAAAAGCAUUGGCACAUUCAUUAAACGAUACGAAAACAGCAGUUCGACAACUACACAAAUUGGCGAGUGCGAUUGUAAUAGUGAUCAUAACUGUGAUGUCUCUGUUGGUGAUGGGUUUGGCCACAACCAAAGUCAUCUUUGUCGUCACUUCUCAACUGUUGCUCGUAGGUUUUGUGUUCCAAAAUAUGUGCAAAACUGUCUUUGAAUCCAUCAUCUUCGUCUUCAUCAUGCACCCUUUCGACGUCGGAGACCGUUGUGUCAUUGAUAACAUUCAGAUGAUUGUAGAAGAGAUGAAUAUAUUGACGACAGUGUUCUUAAGAUAUGACGGCGAGAAAAUAUAUUAUCCGAAUUCAGUUCUUCUGACGAAACCAAUAAGCAAUUUCAGAAGAAGCCCAGAUAUGGCUGACGCUGUGGAAUUCACUAUUGAUGCCUCUACCUCUAUGGACAAUAUCACUGCCCUCAAGAAGGCCUUUCAAGCGUACAUUGAGAGCAAACCAAAGUACUGGAAUCCAAAACACGUAGUAAUAGUGAAAGAGAUAGAGAACAUGGACAAGUUGAAGAUGGCACUCUGCGUCCAACACACCAUUAAUCAUCAAAACUUCGGCGAGCGUACUGCCCGGCGAUCGGAGCUUUUGCUGGAGAUGAAGAAGAUCUUUGAGAGCCUUGGAAUUAAGUAUCGUCUUCUUCCUCAAGAAGUACAUCUCACGCAGGUUAACUUUGGCAACCGUAAUGGAGCCUUCCCACUAUCAUCUUCAUAAUUAAAAGAUGUUUCUGAAUUACUAUUAUAUAUGUGUAUAUAGGAAGGGAAUUAAUUAACAAUGAUACCAAUUAUAUGGCUUUGGAAUUCCAACACAGGUUUUGUUAUAUAUUAUAACACUUUGGUGCAAUAGCUGUAUUUCAAUGUGAAAGGCCGUCGAUACAAAAGAGUUCUUUUUUGUUUUUGUAUUAAAA